UGUUGCUCGGAUGUAACGGGACGGUACAGCAGCCAAGGCAAGAGUGUGGGCGAAGAGAGCACAAGCCAGCUGCGAAGCCAAGCUCUUAGCAGAGAGAGAGCGUGUGUGCGCUGUUAUUUCAACUGCAGCGGACUUAAGGAACAACGUUUGCAGAGGACUGCUAACUGGGUUAUUUAUUGGGUGAUCUUGGAUCCCACCACCAAACAGAAACAAAGUCAGGGGACUAUGAAGGCAGACCAUAUUUCUCUGACCAAACACAAAAGUGUGGUUAGAUAAGAGUAAAAGGCCUAAAACAAUGGAUACAAUAAGACCUUACCUGCUUUUCGUGAUCUGGGUUUUGCUGCCAUGCCAUGGGGGAAGCAUGGUAUUUUUCAGAAGUUCUGGUGAAGAGGAGUCAAAAGUCUCAGGAGGAACCAGAGCAGGAACUGGAGCAGCCCUGAGGCGAUCCAAGCGUGGCUGGAUGUGGAACCAGUUCUUCUUACAAGAAGAGUACACUGGAACUCAAAAACAGUAUGUUGGCAAACUGCAGUCUGACUUGGACAAAGGUGAUGGGACUGUGAGGUACAUUCUCUCUGGUGAAGGAGCAGACUCCAUAUUCACAAUAGAAGAAAACACGGGCAAUCUGCAUGCCAUCAAGAAACUGGACCGUGAAGAGAAAGCUGACUAUCUGCUUCGUAUUAGGGCUGUCAACAGGACAACUGGCUUGGGCAUAGAGCCAGAGACAGAAUUUAUGGUCAAAAUCCAUGACAUUAAUGACAAUGAGCCAAAGUUUUCAAAAGAAUUAUACACCGCAAGUGUUCCUGAAAUGUCACCUGUUGGCACCUCGGUGACUCAGGUGACUGCCACAGAUGCUGACGACAGUUCUUAUGGAAACAGCGCCAAGCUGGUUUAUAGUAUCCUGCAAGGGCAGCCUUACUUUUCUGUCGACUCAGACACAGGUAUCAUAAAGACUGCUCUUGCCAACAUGGACCGUGAGAAGCGAGAACAUUACCACGUAGUGAUCCAGGCCAAAGACAUGGCGGGCCAGAACGGGGGCCUUUUUGGGACCACCACAGUCAACAUCACGCUGCUUGAUGUCAAUGACAAUCCUCCGAAAUUCCUUCAGAGUACAUAUCAGUUCAGCAUCCCUGAGUCGAAAGGGACAGGGUCAGAAAUUGGCAGAAUCAAAGCCACUGAUAUUGAUAUUGGUGAGAAUGCUGAGAUGGACUACAGUGUCAUCGGUGGAGAUAUACCAGACCAGUUUGAAAUCAGAACUGACAAAGCCACCCAGGAAGGUGUCAUCAUAGUGAAGCAGCCUCUGGACUAUGAGAAAAAGAAGGAGCACACAUUGCAUGUGCAGGUGGAGAACUCAUAUCCAGACCCAUCCUUCCACCAUAACAGUCCCUUUCAGGACACAGCGUCAGUGAAGAUUUAUCUGGAGGAUGUAGAGGAACCCCCUGUAUUUGAGCGCUCAAGCUACACUAUGGAGGUGAAGGAGGAUGCUGACCUCAGAAUUGUUAUUGGGUUCGUCAGUGCUACAGACCAUGAUGCCUUUCACAAUCCCGUCAGGUAUUCAAUAGAUACUCGGACUAAUGUGGACCAGCUUUUCAAUAUCCACGAAAGAAAUGGUUCAAUCUAUACCCAGAAAUUUCUGGAUCGUGAGGAAUCAGCCUGGCACAACAUAUCAGUAGUUGCCAGAGAGCUGGGAGCUGAGCCAAAGACUGCAGGCACACAGCAGUCAAGCCGUGUGCCGGUUUACAUCAGGGUGCUGGACGUCAAUGACAACGCCCCAGUGUUUGACACGUUCUACGAGGCAUAUGUCUGUGAAUAUGCAAAGGCUGGACAGACAAUACAGACAGUAAGUGCCAUGGAUAUGGAUGACCCAGUUGGUGGCCACCGGUUCACCUUCAAUAUGGCUCCUGAGGAACCUGCCCAAUCCAACUUCACUGUCCAAGAUCUUGGAGACAACACAGCCGCUAUCUUGACACGUCGCAGUGGCUUCAGUCGCCUGCAUGAGAACAUCUAUCAGGUUCAUGUAGUGAUAAAGGAUGGUGAUCAACCCGUGCAAAGCAGCACUAGCACAAUUCAGGUGCAUGUGUGUGCCUGCGACCAGGAUGGCAAUGUGGAACUGUGUAGCACAACAGCCCUAAUACAGACAGCUGGCCUCAGCACUGGUGCCUUGGUGGCCAUCCUGCUCUGCAUCAUCAUCCUCCUCAUGAUAGUAGUCCUUUUUGCUGCAGUAUGGAGGCAGAAGAAGAAGGACCCUCUGAUCAUCUCCAAAGAAGAUGUGAGGGACAACAUUGUUAGUUACAAUGAUGAGGGGGGUGGUGAGGAGGACACACAGGCCUUCGACAUUGGGACUCUGCAAAACCCACAGUCUGUGGAGGAGUGCAAGUUGCGCAGAGACAUCAUCCCAGAGGCACUUUACCCACAGGUCCGUCGGGCACCUGCCCCAGCACACGAAAACAAUGAUGUCCGAAUCUUCAUAAACAAAAAGGUAUAUGAAAAUGACAGUAGCCCCACAGCCCUACCCUACGACUCUCUAGCCACCUAUGCCUACGAAGGCAAUGGCUCAGUGGCAGAGUCACUCAGCUCUUUGGGAUCUGCCAAUAGUGACAGGGACCAGGACUACAAUUACCUCAAUGACUGGGGGCCAAGGUUUCGGAGACUGGCAGACCUGUAUGAAACUGAGGACUGCAAUAGGUAUUCCUGAAAAGAUUAGACAAUUAAAGAAACAAACAUGAAGAAAAUGAAGAAAAACAGGAACAAGGAAUCGAUUAUGGCACUUUUUGCAGUUGAUUGAAAAGUUGACAAAAAUGCAACAACCAUAUUUCAAGAAGUGCCCUUUUUUCAUUCAUUUCAUCCUAUUGGUGAGCGGGCAGUAACGUAGCCCAUCUGUUGUCAGUUCAGUGAUGUUUUCUGCAAGACACAUUUUUAGAAGUGGAAUUCUGUGUGAAACAUGUACAGUAAGGAUUACUUUAUUUUGUGCCCUCUUUAUAUAGCACCCCAAGUACAUGAUUGGUUGUUGUUGCCUUCCCAUCUGAUUUGUGGGCAAUUUUUUUUUGUUAGUUUUUUUAUGUAGAAUUCAUAAUAUUCAAUACUGAAAAACAUCAAGAAUUUUGCCACAGUUUCUGCCAGUUAUCUGCACAUUGUGAGUUCUGUCGGUUUGCUGAUAGUAUUCUAAGUGCAGUAUGAUUAAGUUUGCAUUUUGUAAUAAGGCAUUUCUAACAGUUUACAUGCCACUUGAAAAUGAUGGUUCAUUUAAAGCAGCUGUUUGAGACCAGAGUACCACUGGUAACAGAUAGGAAAGACACCCUUUCUGGCUUAUUUCUUUACAGUUCAACAGUCAGUAUAUUGAUAAUAGCUUUAUUUGAGGAAACAGCCAGGACAGAACUGAACUUUUUUCAUGUUAUAAUGGCCAAAGGAUAGCUAGACUGAUGCAGAAAAAUUGUUACCAUGUUGCCAUUUCUAUGCCCUGAGUUUACUGCUGAAGGAUCAUUAUUCUCAUUUGCUAACUAUAAAUGGGUUGUUUACUUAAUACUUUAUUGUUUAGAUUAUUAUUUCUUGCCAACACUUUAAUUUUUAAUUUUAUUAUUUUUUUUAAUCUUUUACAUAUUUUUUCUUCUUUUUUGUUACAUUAAAUUUGUCCUAUGUGUUUCUCUCAGGGUUGUGGACAUUUGCCUGGCCACAGUGAACCGGGGUAAAAUAGGAAACUUUUCUCCCAGCUGCCUGCUGUAUUUGUGCUGUAAUAAACAACAUUACAAUAUUACAGUUGGGAAAGAAACCUCACCAUGAAUCCCUCACAGGUGAAGAUGUUAUGUUUCCGAGAUUCUACUGUGUUUGUUAAUGGGAGAAAUAAUUGCUUGAGAAAUUCCACAGCACAAAUGCUGAGCAGCUGGGAUUAUGUUUUCUGCCUUUCGUAUCACUGUUAAAAUACCCAUUGUGCUCUGUCAGGCAGGAUAUCUGGAUGAGCUUGUAUUUAUACAAAAGUCUUCACAAUCUGGAAACGUACCAAACUUAGAGGAUUUGAUGUUUACCAGACAGCAUAUUUUUCACUAACAGAAAAAAGUAGAAAUAGAAUUUUUUUCUCUCUCUCUUCCCUUUUUACUCUUUUGCCAUACUUUGUUGCUGUGGUCUUCCCAAAGCAAAUUAAAAAGACAUAACAGACUAGUAAAUGUCACCAUUACUGGAUGAGAGAAGUUUUUAUUUAUUUAUUUAUUAUUAUUAUUAUUAU